AUGGUGGCCACCAAUGUCGCCAAGAAGGCGAUGGUCACCAAGGUGAUCUUGAUUCCUCGUCGCCUUGCAUCCAGCACAGCGAAACCUACUCCAAGGCCUCAGCGGAAAAGAAAAGUCAUCGACGAGACCACUCUUGGUGGUGCGCAACACAAGGUCUCGUUGUCUGGACCAUCUCUUGGACAUCUGAUCUCUGAGCUGAGCGCAACAAGACCUGGAAUGGAGCAUGUACGAGGGCCCGGUAGAGACAUGGCAGAAGAUCAAAGGACAAUGAUUCGGAAUGUAGUCAAGGCGAUUGUGGUCGUGCCUAGUCUGAUUGGCGCCGCAAUUGUGGGAUGGAAUUGGUAUUCCUCCAAAGAACAAGAUCGUUGA